AUGGAUAAUCCUGCAUUCAUCACCGAUGACAACCUCAAAGUAGAACAAAAGUCAAAACAAGGAAACAUUGCACAAAUGGAAGUGCCUAAGCAAGAGAUUGAAGAAGGGCCGUGUGGCUGGGGAAGAUUUACACCAAACUGGAUUCAGUGCUGCAACAAUCCAAAAGGAUACUUGGUCUUUUACAGUCUGCUAGGUGUCAUUCAAGGUACUUUAGUGAAUGGUCUGGUGAACAUCAACAUAACUACAAUUGAGAAGCGAUACAACUUGAACAGUUUCACCACAGGAGUGAUUUCUACAGGCUACGAUAUGUCCUUCUGUGUUUUAUGCCUUUUUGUCUCUUACUAUGGACAAAAGGGGCACAAGCCACGAUGGCUGGCUUUCUCGUCUUUUAUGCUGGGAUUGGGAUCACUUGUGUUUUGUCUUCCUCAUUUCACUAGUGGCCUGUAUAAUUAUGGUGCACAAAUAAGAGAUACUUGUUCUACCCCUCACAGUAAUGCUAGCAUACCAGCUUGUGCUACCUCCACAGCUACAAAAUCCUCCAGUUUUCUACUUGUGUUUCUUCUGGGUCAACUGCUACAUGGGGUAGGAGGAACCCCUUUGUACACACUGGGAACGGCCCAUAUUGAUGACUCUGUCUCUAUCGAGAAAAGUUCCCUUUAUAUAGGUAUUGGAAGUGGUAUGUCAGUUCUGGGCCCUGCGUUUGGAUAUAUCUUAGGUGGUCAGUUGCUGGACAUUUAUAUUGAUGUUAAUAGAAUUUCCAAAAUUCCUUUGAUGCCAGAUGACCCUCGAUGGCUUGGUGCUUGGUGGAUCGGAUUUCUUCUGUGCUGGAUACUGGCCUGGUGUCUAGUUGUACCCCUGUCUUGCUUCCCAAAGCACUUACCAGGUACAGCAGAAGUCCAACUUCGAAAGGUUUCUCAGGCCCACAGUGGUGUAACUACAAAAGCUUUCUUAAAGCCUAAUUUUGGAGAGAGUUUUAAGGAUUUCUUUGUGGUACUACUGAUAUUGUUGAAGAACCCUGUUUUCGUAUUCUUAGUUAUAGCAGGCACCACUGAAGCAAUGGUCAUCACUGGAUUUGUCACAUUUAUGCCAAAAUUCAUUGAAAAUCAGUUUGGCCUAACUGCUAGCCUAGCAGCAAUUCUGGGAGGAGCAGUACUUAUCCCUGGAGCUUUCAUUGGUCAAGUUAUUGGUGGGCUCAUCAUUUCCAAGAUGAAACUUCAAUGUCGAGAUGUGUUGAGAAUGGGUGCAGUCACAUGUGUAUUAUCACUGCUUUGUGCUUUAGUUUUUGUUUUUGCUAAAUGUUCAAACCACCCAUUUGCUGGAGUCAACCAGGACUAUAACUUCACUGCAGAAAAAAUCGACUUGGUGGUACCCUGCAAUAAGGAGUGUCAUUGCAUCCGUUCUUACUUCAAUCCAGUAUGUGGCGCAAAUAAUGUCCAGUACUUUUCUGCAUGCUAUGCAGGUUGUACUAAUGCAACAAUAGCAGGUGGCACACCGAUUUAUCAGAACUGUUCAUGUAUCCAACAAGUUGGAAAUACAUUUGCUGCACAAGAAGGAAAAUGUGGCUCUUCAUGCGGCAAGCUGCCUUUGUUCAUGGGAUUGUUUCUACUUGCUAUCUUUUUCACGUUCAUGACCAGCACACCAAUUACAACAUCUGUUCUCAGGUCUGUUCCUGAUAACCAACGCUCGUUUUCGUUGGGCAUUCAAUGGCUGUUUGUAAGGAUCCUAGGCACCAUUCCAGGACCAAUUCUGUUUGGUACAGUGAUUGAUUUAUCUUGCGUCCUGUGGAAUAUGGAUGCAUGUGGUGUUAAAGGUGCAUGCUGGACAUAUGAUAACCCAAAAAUGGCCAGUUUGAUUACAGCCAUUGGCACAUCUGCCAAAAUAAUCUCGAUUAUUGCACUUGUUGCAGCUUCUUUGCUGUAUAAACCACCACAGAUUAGUGAAGCUGCAGAACAAACAACUGAUCAGCCAGUUCAACGGUGGAAAUCCUGGGCUAAGACCAAGUUUUAA